AUCAUAACCAAUUUCAAGGUCAAAUAAAUCAAUUCCAACAAAGAGAAUGAAUGUCAAUGCCAACUUGACAUUACCCAAACUAACUGAUGUUUCUUUUUCUUCUUGUAACUUGAGUGAAUUCCCCAAUUUCUUAAGACAUUCAAAUGGUCUGGGAACCCUAGUGCUAUCCAAAAAUAGCAUUCAUGGCAAUAUUCCUAAAUGAAUAUGUGAAAAGGAUCUCAUGAUUCUUGACCUCUCUCAUAACAAUUUAAGCGAAAAGAUUCCAAAUUGUCUUCCUAAGUCUCUCUCAGCGUUGAAUUUGCAAGGCAAUAACUUUGAUGGAAAUAUACCAUUUGGGUUUCCAGAGGGCUAUGGAUUACGAAAUCUCAACUUACAUGGAAAUCAAAUGGACGGCUUAUUACCAAGGUCUUUGAUGAACUGUCGCAUGUUGUGUUUCUUUCUUGUAGCAUUCUUUAUACUCAUAUAAAUUGUCAGUUUUCUCUUUCUACUUAAUAAUUUUGUCUUUCUCUGUUCUAAAAUCUAUCACAUUUUCUUCAAUUUUUAAGAAGUUCCUUUAUUAUAUGUUAAAUGUGAAAGGAAAAUUUAAUCAUUUUUUUUCUCAUGGACUAGUCUUAUCGUCAUUUUCUGCACUUCAAAGAAAAAGCAAUCUCGAGG